AUGACUGUCAACCUCUUGAACAAUGAAGCCGAUAUAAAGGAGGCCAUCGAAGCCGCUUGUAAUUCUGACAGUUCGUGGUACGAUUUUAAUUAUUUGUUGAUCACGGAAGUAAUUAGUGUUUCUUCUUUGAUUUUUGAAUAUUUUUUGUUUCAAGAGGUAUUUAAAUUUUUUUUAAAUUUUAUUUUACGUGUAUUACAUUCAGGUCGAUUUUUGAAUACGACGGUGCUUCAAACAUCCUCAAGGUAGCAGAACGAGGAGGUAUGGUGAAUAACGUUGUUAAUGAAUAUUUGAUAAUUUUUUCCAUAAAGUUUUGAUUUUUCGUCAGUUUUUAACACAAACUUUGGAAAAAUCAUCGUAGCUAAUACUAAACGGUAUUUCUCUAUAUAAUAGAUAAGCAUUUUUGAAGUUAAUAUAAGAUUACCGAAUUUUAGACAGUGGACUAAAACAAAUUCUUGAACAAUUUGACACCUCGAAGAUACAAUACGGACUAGUACCAGUUAGUGUCGGCGGUCAGCGGAAAGUAAUCUUGAUUCAUUGGGUAAGAACAAAUAAAUGGAGACAAAUCGUUUAGCAAGGUGAAGGUGUUCCGGCCGUCCGCUUGGCUCAAAUAGCGUCUCACUUGGAGGAAAUCAAACGCAUCAUCAAGAAGAUCAACCUCACGAUCUACGCUAGGAACGAGGAAGACAUCGACGUCAAAGUGAUUUGUAAUCAACUGCAAAAACUGGCCAUGGCCCCUCCACCUCAGCUUCCAGCCAAACCACAGCCUUUUGUGCCUUCGACCCCGGCCGUUAAUCAAGUCAAGCAGGUUAGGCCGGACAAAGAGAUCGAGCUGAGUGAGCGAGAGAAGUUCUGGAACGAGGUACGAUAUUUAAUGGAGAAAAAACAUAAGUUGAACUUUUAAUAGCUAUAAGGCUUUUUUGAUACAUAAUGAAAUAUAAUUGCAUUAUUUUUCGUUUAUAAUAAAGAACAAUCUUUCACACCUGUCCAGCUGAGAGCAGAAGAAGAAGAACGACGAAAGGAUGACUUGAAGAAACAAGAAGAACAGCAAAAGCAAUAUGAAUUGGAAAGAAAGUUAUGGGAAAAAGAGUUGCACAAGAUUCACAUUAGUGCGGCGGCCAAAGCAGCUCAAGAAGCAGCCAGGAACCUCCCUGCUCCACCUCCAGCUCCAAAGCCAGUCAAGAAGAACACAUUGGUGUCCGGACGAGCACAGAUGUUUGAUGACAAAGUCGCUGAACUGGUAAGACCAGUCAGAGAUUAAUUUACACGUCAGGUUUCUUUAAGUUUGACGAAUACAAUUUUAGGUGCGAACUACCCCGAAAGUGUUGAGCAAAAACAAACAAUUCAAGUUUGAAGUAGCUCUUCAGCCUAAGAAUCCCCCGCCUCCAGUUAAUUCCUCAGCCAACAUCGAUGAAACCUUCAUUCCUUUGGUCUUCGAAGAUCCCACAAGGCCAGUAGCUAAGGUGGUACCACAACAACCAGAACAAAAGGAAGAACCAGUUCUAGAAGUCGAAAAAACAACAGACAAUGAGAUUCAGAAACCCACAGAAAGCGAUAUUCAGAAGGUCGCGGAAACAGAAAUUCAGAAGAUCGUAGAAGCAGAUAUUCAGAAGUCAGAAGAGAAAGAAGCUCCAAGGAUCGAAGUAGGCUUGAAGGUGCACGAUCAAAGUUCAGUGACACGAGCUUUGACAUUGUGGGACUAUCAGGCUGAUGACAACACUGAAAUCAGCUUUGACCCCAACUGGAUUCUGACUGACAUCGAACAGUUGUACGAUGGCUGGUGGCGAGGUCGUGCUCCAAACGGCCAAGUGGGCCUAUUUCCUUCAAAUUACGUGAAACUGCUUUGA